CUGCAGAGCGACGCGGACCCGACGCCCCUCGCCGUCCGGAGCCAGAGCCGGAGCCUGCGCCGGGGCCGCCCUCGAGGCUGCCCUGCAGGCCCUGCCUCUACUGGGACCUUUCCCAGCCCUCUGACCUGACCUGAAAGCACACCGGGAACGCCAUGCAGGGGGUUCUGAUGCCUCUGCCUUUGCUGCUGCUGCUGCUGCUGCUGGGGUGUGGGCCACGGGUGUCCUCUGGUGGCGGGGUUGGGGGGGCAGCAGGCUACGCCCCAGUGAAGUACGUGCAGCCUAUGCAGAAAGGACCUGUGGGACCACCCUUCCGAGAGGGCAAGGGCCAGUACCUGGAAAUGCCUCUACCUCUGCUGCCAAUGGACCUCAAAGGAGAGCCAGGUCCCCCUGGGAAGCCUGGGCCUCGGGGCCCCCCUGGCCCUCCUGGGUUCCCAGGAAAACCAGGCACCGGAAAGCCAGGGCUCCAUGGACAGCCUGGCCCUGCCGGCCCCCCUGGCUUCUCUCGAAUGGGCAAGGCUGGUCCCCCUGGGCUUCCUGGCAAGGUUGGACCACCAGGGCAGCCAGGACUUCGAGGAGAGCCGGGGAUACGAGGAGACCAGGGUCUCUGGGGACCCCCAGGACCCCCUGGCCUCCCUGGCCCCUCGGGCAUUACUGUUCCUGGAAAACCAGGUCCCCAGGGGGUACCAGGCCCCCCAGGAUUCCGGGGGGAACCAGGGCCCCAAGGGGAACCUGGGCCCCCAGGAGAUCGAGGCAUCAAGGGGGAUAAUGGAGUGGGCCAACCAGGGCUGCCUGGGGCUCCUGGGCAGGGUGGGGCUCCUGGGCCCCCUGGCCUCCCAGGCCCAGCAGGUGUGGGCCACCCAGGCUUGGAUGGGCUACCUGGGGCCCCUGGAGACAAAGGGGGGUCUGGGCCUCCUGGAGUUCCAGGCCUGAGGGGGGAGCCAGGAGCUGUGGGUCCAAAAGGUCCCCCUGGGGUAGAUGGUGUGGGUGUGCCGGGAGCAGCAGGGGUGCCUGGGUCCCAAGGCCCAGCAGGGGCUAAAGGGGAGCCAGGGGCCCGGGGUCCCCCUGGCCUGCUAGGUCCCACUGGUUAUGGGAUGCCAGGACUCCCAGGCCCCAAGGGGGACAGGGGCCCAGCUGGGAUCCCAGGGCUGUUGGGGGACAGGGGUGAGCCAGGGGAGGAUGGGGAGCCAGGAGAGCAGGGCCCACAGGGCCUUGGGGGCCCCCCGGGACCUCCUGGGUCUGCAGGGCUUCCUGGCAGACGUGGGCCUCCUGGGCCAAAGGGGGAGGCAGGUCCGGAAGGACCCCUAGGAGUACCUGGCAUUCGGGGUGACCAAGGACCCAGUGGCCUGGCUGGUAAACCUGGGCUUCCAGGUGAGAGGGGACUUCCUGGAGCCCAUGGACCCCCUGGACCAGCUGGGCCCAAGGGUGAGCCGGGUUUCACAGGUCGCCCCGGGGGACCAGGAGCAGCAGGAGCCCUUGGGCAGAAGGGCGACUUGGGGCUCCCUGGGCAGCCUGGCCUUCGAGGCCCCUCAGGAAUCCCAGGACUCCAGGGUCCAGCUGGCCCUGUAGGGCCCCAGGGUCUUCCAGGCCUGAAGGGUGAACCAGGCCUGCCAGGGCCCCCUGGGGAGGGGAAAAUGGGGGAACCUGGUUCUGCUGGGCCCACAGGGCCCCCUGGUGUCCCUGGCUCCCCAGGACUCACGGGCCCUCCUGGGCCUCCUGGGCCUCCCGGCCCCCCUGGCGCCCCAGGGGCCUUUGAUGAGACUGGCAUCGCAGGCUUGCAUCUGCCCAACGGUGGUGUGGAGGGCGCUGUGCUGGGCAAGGGGGGCAAGCCACAGUUCAGGCUGGGUGAGCUCUCAGGCCACGCCACACCAGCCUUCACUGCGGUGCUCACUUCCCCCUUCCCUGCCUCAGGGAUGCCUGUGAGGUUUGAUCGGACUCUGUAUAAUGGCCACAGCGGCUACAACCCAGCCACCGGCAUCUUCACCUGCCCCGUGGGUGGUGUCUACUACUUUGCUUACCACGUGCAUGUCAAGGGCACCAAUGUGUGGGUGGCCCUGUACAAGAACAAUGUGCCGGCUACCUACACCUAUGAUGAGUACAAGAAGGGCUACCUGGACCAAGCGUCUGGGGGUGCUGUGCUCCAGCUGCGGCCCAACGACCAGGUCUGGGUGCAGAUGCCCUCAGACCAGGCCAACGGACUCUAUUCCACCGAGUACAUCCACUCCUCCUUUUCAGGAUUCUUGCUCUGCCCAACAUAACCCGUGGGCAGCCCCGCUGCCCUGGCCUCCUCUUUAGUGGUAGAGCGACCUUUUCAGUUACAAAGACCUCCAUUUAAAGAAAAAGACCACAGGCUGAACAGAGGCGGCGGUGGCCUUGGCCCCUACACGUGGCUGAGAUUUUCUGGAAGGGGCUGAUCUGAGUUCCCCCCGAGAUGUCUGAACAGUGUCAGGGCUGCAUCCCUGACCCUGGCCUGCAGGACCCUAGGAUACUCGGCCCGGCCCCCACAAGUCCCGGAUACUGCUGGUCCCUGACAGAGCCAGGAGGGACGGGGCUCCCUCAUCUGUUUGCCUGCUGGCCCCUGGAGGGCACCUGCUCUAGGAGUGGGGCUCUUCCAGCUCCCUGGGGACAUCCUACAGGUGACAGUGGGUCAUCUUCAGGGGAAAGAGAGAAAAGCAGCAUGACCCUUGAGGUGGUCAGUGUGGACACCCUGCCAGGAACCCAACCCCAGGAUGCUGCUGCUGCUGCUGCAUGGGGCCUGUCCACGACAGGGGCAGUUGUAUGGCCUCUCUGCAGGCUUCUGGGAAGGGGUGACACCCUUUCUCUGCUGCAGUGACAGUCAUGGGGAAAGGUGGUCUGUGAAGGGUAGGAGCGUGGAUCUGGGGCAGGACAGCAGCCCCUCCAUCUUCCAGCUUCGUUUAGCACAAGGACAAUGCACAGGCCCCUGGGGACUGCCAUGCACUGUGAUGAGUGGCAGCAGGCAGGACUGAGGGCAACAAGCAUGAGUACUCGCCCGUCUCCCCUUCACCUGCUGGGCGUGGGCCAGUUUCCUCAUACCAGAUUGUAAAAGGAUCCUUGCCAUCCCCAACCCAAGUUCUCAAAGGCAGAGCACCUCUCAUUCAGUGUCCUGAACAAGGGGCGCCCAAGCGCAGGGAUGAAGCUCCCACUUGCUUUUCCUUAAUAAGAACCACAUGGUAGAUAUGUGUCUCUACUAGAGGGUUAAUCUGUGGGGGCUUCCUCUGCCUCCACCUCUGAUUCCAAUUUCCUGUUCGAAGCAGGAUUAGGGCCCGGGAGGCCGAGGCUCUGAGGGGAAGGGUGCUGCAGUCGUCCUGGAAUGGGCUGCCUUUGGAUGUGUGCGCCAUUCUCCCCAGUCAGGGCGCCUCUUCAGGGAACAGCCCCACCCGGCUCUUUGGCCCCCAGUGUAAGCUUUGAUGGUGGCCAGUGCCCCAUGGGAGGAUGGUCACCCACCUGCCCCACCAUUUGAGGCUUCACUUACCCCUCACCAAGCUAACCACCUCCCUGCACCAAGUGUGAGCACUGCUCUGACUGGCCAAAGCCAGACUAUGUUGAAAGGGGAGGACGACUGAUGACUUCUGAUUUGCUAAGCUGUGGUUCCCCCAGCUCCUUGACAGCCCUCCUCCCCUGCCCACAACUUCUCCAAAGCAGGCUACUUUAUCUUUCAAAGGGAGGAAUGGAAAUCCGAAUCUGUCCAAGUGAAACUGAGAAAAGGUUUUGCCUGGGGUUCACGGUGGACUUCUUCCUCCCGGACACCUGAGAGAACCAACUAAGGAGUCUCAACAGGCCUGGUGGGGUCCUGUCUUUGCUCAGCCACCCCCUUCCCUGGUUGAAAGCCACUGUAUUUGACUCCUUAAGGAUGGGUGCUGAUUGGCAGAAAUUAAUUAGCUCCCAGGGGGAGCGCAGAGAACCAGUGUCCCAAAGGGAUCCCAAAAGCAGUGUCAGGGCUCAGCUUCUGCCAGAUUUCAUUCCUGAAGCCUCUAGAGAAGGGUGGUUCAUGUUUCUGAAGUGUUUAUGGAUUUGAGGUACAGGUAUCCAGUUACCUGACUUGGUUUGAUAAACAGUGUCAGGUUUUAACUAUGAAAAAUACAUUACCUUGUGCAUUUUUGUAUUCUAAUUUUUAUUUUUACGAUUAGGGUUUAAAUGUUUCCCACUAGUAAUUUCACUUCUAACCUGGUAUAGGAAGUUUAGGUCUCUACUUACAUGUGCCCUGUGUCACGGGAUCGGGAAAAAUGCACUGGGGAGACAAAAAAAAAUGGGACUUCAUUUUGAAAAGAAAAACAACAGUAUUGACACAACCUCAAUAAAACCUGUCAUAUAAA